AUGACUUCAAAAUGGAAUCCAAGACGUUCCCAAAGUACAAAAAACGUUCUUAUUCCAAAAAAUUUCAACUUUAGUUUACAUAAUGGACCGUCAUCAUCACCAAAUAAUAAUAAUAAUGAUAAAAGGAAUGCAGGAUCUAAUUAUAAUUAUUAUUCUCAUCAGGAUAAUAAUAAUCGUACCUUUCGACCAAAUCAAUCAUAUAUAGCUCAAAAUUAUAAUAAUAAUAACAAUUAUCAUUCAUCGUCGCGUCAAAAUAAAGAAUAUGAUUAUCCUUCAUUACAAAAUGAUGAACAACAUAAUAACAAUAAUUAUUGCUCCCCAUAUAAAAAUACCGAACUUUAUAAUAUCUCAAGACAAAAUCCUGAAGAAUUAUUAAUUCAAAAUAAUUUCCCCGCGCGUAAUAAUAAUUUGGUAUCGCAAAAUUCUUUUCAAAAGUUCAAUCAAGAUUUUCCUUCAUUGCAAAGCCGACCACUACCACCACUACGUUAUCAAAAUGCAUUACAUACAAAUGAAGAUCUUGUAUUAAUAGCACCAACUGGUUCAGGUGGAGAACUAACGGGUGAUACAAAUUUAUCACGUAUUUCUGAAAUAAAGAGAUGUCAUAUUAUCGUGACAACUCCAGAAAAAUGGGAAUCUGUGACGCGUCAAUGGAAUGAUAUACAAAAUUUAUUGCAAAUGUUAAAAUUAUUCAUGAUUGACGAAGUUCACAUGUUGCACGAAGAUCGCGGUGCCACUCUUGAAGUAGUUGUCAGCCGAAUGAAAUUGAUGGGAGCAAAUACACGAUUUAUUGCAAUUUCUGCUACAGUACCUAAUAUUGAAGAUGUCGCGUCUUGGAUAAGUUUAAAUAUUCAUCAAAAUGACCAAAAUGACUUUUCUAGAAGAAGAAAUAAUAAUAAGGCAAAAAUUUUAGAAUUCGGAGAUGAAUAUCGACCAGUAAGACUUUCUCGUCAUGUAUUAUCAUAUCCAUCAGAUGGAAAUGCUUUUAAAUUUGAUAAAUCUUUAAAUGAUAAACUUCUUGAUGUAAUUCAACGAUAUUCUUCUGGUAAACCAACAAUGGUGUUUUGCACCACAAGAAAAUCUACCGAAGAUGCUUGUCAAGCUAUUGUCAAACAAAUUAAACAAAUGCAACAACAACGUAAAAGUAUUCCGUGGCAUCUUCAACCUGCAAAUAUAACAUUUAACGAUAAACAAUUAUCAGAGUACAUUAAAUAUGGUGUCGUAUUUCAUCACGCGGGACUUCAUAUGCAAGAUCGUAAAGAUGUAGAAAAUUUAUUUUUACAAGGAAUUGUACACGUUAUUUGCGCGACAUCUACUUUAGCUGUUGGAGUAAAUUUACCAGCACAUUUAGUUAUAAUAAAAUCAACCAUGGCUUACAAAAAUGGAAGUUUUUCGGAAUAUUCUGAUUCGGAAAUUAAACAAAUGUUAGGACGUGCUGGACGACCACAAUUUGAUGAUAAUGGAAUAGCUGUCAUAAUGACUAGUCACAAUAUGAAACAAAAUUUGCACGAAACGCUUCACGAACAUUUAAAUUCGGAAAUAUGCCUUGGAACAAUUAACCACGUGAACGGAGCUAAAGGAUGGUUGAAAUCAACAUUUUUAUAUAUAAGAAUGAAAUCAAAUCCACGGAGAUAUGAUCCAGAAUUUAAAGAAGGACAAGAUUGGGAGAAAAGACUUGAAGGAAUUUGCUUAAACGAUUUAAGAAAUUUAGUUAUUUCAGAAAUGAUUACGAUGAAUGGUGAUAUUCUUCAGCCUACCAAAAUUGGUGAAGCAAUGGCAAGAUAUCAUUUAAAAUAUUUAACCGUGCAAAGUAUUUUAGCAAUUUUUUCAUGGCAUCAAUCAAAUUUAUUGGCUACGAAAGAGGAAAUUACGAAAAUCAUGUUACAAAAAUUAUCACAAUCAGAAGAAUUUAAUGAAGUGAAAUUACAUCGUCAUGAAAAAUUGUGUGCAUUAGGUAAUAUACCUUUCGAAGACGCGCAAAAUCGAGUACAGCUUAAUAUGGAAUUAAAAAUUAUCCUUCAACAUGGUCAUCGAAUUAUGAAAUGUCUUAUUGAAUUAGCUGCAUAUAAAGAAAAUGUAAAGUUUUUGAGGAUAUCCGUAGAUUUGGCAAGAUGUAUCAAGGUCAAAAUGUGGGAUGACUCUCCUUUUUUAUUGAGGCAACUAAAUGGCAUUGGCGAACAAUAUACAAAAAAGUUGGCAGAAAUUGGAAUAAAAACAUUCGAACAAUUAAUAAAAUGUGAAGCAUGGAAAAUUGAAACUGCUUGCAAUCGACAUCCACCAUUUGGACAUAACGUCCGUGAUACGGUUAUGACUUUGCCUAUGAUAAAACUUGACAUAAAUCAUGGAUUUUCCAAAUCCAAAGAAUAUGAUUUAUACGUGGUGAACAUAAAUUUGACAAAUAAAAACAACAAGAAAGUAAUCACCAAACGUUAUGGAAUUAAUUUAAAUGUGACAUUCAUAGCUGUCACCGAAGAUAAUAAUGUAUUAUUAGAUUUUCGACAAGCUGCAUUAUGGAGAGUUCAACAAGGAUGGAAAUUUGAAUUUAAAGUAUCAAAGAAAAUCAAUCCAAAUCAAAAUAUAAAUUGUUCUGUUUUACCAGAAGAAUAUAAAUCACAGAAUGAACACAACAAUAUCAUUAUAAUUGAUACUGAUGAAGAGGAGGAAAGAAAUCCAAAUAACGAUAAUUUAAUUAAUAAUAAUAAUCAAGGAUUUGAAUUAUUACCAAACGGAAGAUUUAAAUGUAAUCAUUCUUGCAAAGAUAAACAAAAUAGUACGGAUGAAAAUGAAAAGUUUAUGAACCCUUCUCUUGAACUUGAACAAAGCAUAUUCGAUAAGAAGAAAACCCAAGGAAUAAAAGAUUUACCACCACCAUGCAAUAAAUUAAAUAAAUUCCAAGUUUCAUCUUAUUCUAAAGAGAAUUUAGAAAAUUUAAAGAAUUUUGGAUAUGAUGAUAAUUGGAAUGAUAAUAAAAAUGAUAAUUGGAAUAAUAAUGAAAAUGAUAAUAAAAAUGAUAAUUGGAAUGAAGAAAAUAAUAAUUUCAAAAUACAAGAAAAAAAUAAAUUAUUAAAUGAAAAUCUUGAAAGAGGAAAACAACAAAUAUUUUUAUAUCAAGAAGAUAAUAAUGAAAAAUUUGAAUUUGAAACAACAUAUGAAUCAACAACAACAACAUUAGAUGAUGAUGUUGCUGAAAAAGCUUUGGUUAUAUUUGAUUAUGUACUUCAGAGUAUUAUUUAA